CCCUAAGACGGUAAGACACGUUCAGGACAGCAGCAGGACAGCAGAGUAGUGCGUUUCUCGGUGUAUCUCACUUUCUCUCGUACCAGCCACAAUUUAGCAUACUAGAUUUAUUUUACGCGCCUCAGUAGAAAAGAAUUAUGCACUAGUCACCAUCCUUUUUGACGAAUUGAAUUUUGUGAAAAAGAAAAAGUUUGAUUUUUGUUAACAGCUGUGGCUCUUGUAUAAAAUUAAGGAAUCAAGUCUACAGAAGAAGGAAAAGUCGGGUGAGUGUUCUAGAAGAAAAAUUAGAUGAAGCAUGCUUCGAUAUUUAUUCUCAUCCGCUUCCGCUUCUCUCUCUCUUCCUCUUAUACGCUAUAAAUAAUGGCUCGUGGACAGCAGAAACUUCAAUCACAAGCUAAAGCUCAAGAAAAGCUUGCUAAACAAAAAAAACAACAAGGCCAUAGUGCAAAUGAUCAAAAGAAAGCUGCACAGAAAGCUUUAGUUCAUGUCUGUGCUGUCUGCAAGGCACAAAUGCCAGACCCAAAGACUUACAAGCAACAUUUUGAGAACAAACACCCCAAGAAUGAUUUACCAGAAGAUCUAAAAAAUAUAUGAGAGGUUAGUGCCUCCAAAAUCUACAGAAUGUGGGAGGCAGCUAACAAAUGCCCAGUUAUCGAAUUUAAACGAGAGAGUGAUUUAGAUUUAAGAUAAUAACAGUUGAUUGACUUCAAAUCGAUAAAAUAAACUGAGUCCUGUUAUCGCAUGAAGAGAAAAUUUUUGUGAACGGAAUUAUAAUCUAAGUCAUGCGAUUUGAUUUCUAAUUUUCUCUUCUAUCUUUCUCCUAUAAUGUUCUAGUUCUAUUUCUGAAUACAAUAUUACUGUUAAACAUAUAGUUUCCAGCACCUCUUAUUAUUUUUGUAUUCUAUUAAUUGAUAAAAUGCGAUCACUGAAUGUAAGAAAAGUUUCUAUGUAUGAUCAAUCAACUGCUUAUAAAUGUAUUUUUUUUAUCAUUCAUCCAUGAAUUACUUAAUAAUAAUAAUCAUCAUUAGGUUUUUUUCUUUUGCAUCUUCUGAUUCUUAUUAAGUUUUAUACAGAUGAAACUUUUGACGUGUAUAAAUGAAAUAUAUAUUAGCCACAAGUACGUAACAUAUUAUUAUUUCACUUACCUUUGUAAAUAUUAAAAAAAAGUGGAAUUUCAAGUAUAGUAAAAAUAUGUUAUUAUAUUAAUAGCAUGAAAUUAAAAGAUAAAAGCAUCGUUAUACGAUUUAUAAGUUUUGUAUAUUUCUACUUUUGUUUUUGUCAAUUAUUGGUAGUAUAAUUUAGAGUGACUCUUCUAUAUUUCGUUUUGCAAAAUGACAGCGUCUAGAAGUUAUUCUCUGAAAAGAUAUUUAAAGGAUUGAUAUAAAAAAAAUUAUUUGAUUAAAAUAAUAAAAGGUGCUUGGAAAAUGAGUGAUCAAGUUAUAGUUGAUAAAAAGAAAAAAUUAAACUCUGAUGUAAUAAUAAUAAUGUUUAUAGUAUUGUCGUAGCCUCUUUCUACUAUUUCACUCGCAUGCACAAAAUACUGUCAAUACCUAGUGGAUACAUUGAGAAUUGUAGAAAAAAACUUAAUAAAAUGAAAUUGUGAUAACGUGUAGUAAGAAAAUGAAUA